AUGACGGGGGUCUCCCUGGCGUUGCCCGUGGACGUGCUGCAGACGCUGGGCAUGCAGGAUGGCCGGGAUGGCAUCUCCGUCACCGCCGGGAUCUGUCCGCAGCGCCCGGGGACCGAAGACCCCGAUUUCGCUUUCCGCGUGGACAACCGCACCCAGCUCAGCGCACCCACCCGGCAGCUCUUCCCCGAUGGCUCCUUCCCCGAGGACUUCUCCAUCCUGGCCACAGUGCGUGCCCGGCGCGGAGGACAAGCCUUCCUGCUCUCCAUCUACGACGAGCGAGGUGUGCAGCAGCUGGGCAUGGAGAUCGGACUCUCACCCGUCUUCCUCUACGAGGACCAGGAGGGGCGGCCGGCCCCCGAGCAGUACCCUGUCUUCCGCAGGGUCAACCUGGCCGACGGCAGGUGGCACCGCGUGGCGCUGGCCGUGGAGGGCACCAACGUCUCCUUGCUGGUGGAUUGCCACCUCCUCGCCACGCUGCCGCUGGAGCGGGGACCUCAGCCCCUUGUUAGCACCGAGGGGGUGACGAUUUUUGGGGCCCGCCUCCUGGACGAGGAGGUGUUCGAGGGUGAUGUCCAGCAGCUGCUGAUCGUGGCCGACCCCGAGGCCGCCCGCUCCUACUGCCAGCUCUACAUGCCAGGCUGCGACCAGCCCCUGCUCUACCCCCUCCUGGCCCCCUUCCCGGAGGAGAGCGGCCCGGAGCCCACCACCUCCCCACGUAGGAAGGGCAAGAAGGGAAAGGGGAAAGGCAAGCGCAAGGGCAAGGGCAAGAAGAAGAGGAACAAGGAGCUGCUGGAGCAGCACGAGGCCUCUGUGCCCUCCGUUGUAGCCAACCAGGCCAGCGUGCCCACCCCGACACCGUCCGCGGAGGAGAGCUCCCUGCCGCUGGUCCCCUCCAGCCUUGCCACCACCGUGAGCGUCACCCUGAACGGCACUGACCCCUUCGAGGACACUGGUGAGGAGCUUGUGCUUGAACUUGAGGAGGAUGGAGUCACUGGGGCUGACAGCAGGGAGCUGCCAGGCUAUGAGGACUACUAUGACGGGGACACUGCAAGCCGGGAGCGGUUCGGCCCUGCCGAGCGGGAGGAGACGGUGAUCCAGGCUCCCCAGGAGCCCAGCUUCAAGGGGGAGAAGGGCGAGCCAGCCAUCGUGGAGCCGGGUCGGCGAUUUGAGGGGCCGCCGGGACCGCCAGGCCCUGUGGGGGAAACAGGUCCCCUGGGACCACCGGGGCUCCCAGGGCUGCCCGGGGACCCUGGAGAUCAGGGUCCCGCGGGACGGCCGGGGCUGCCGGGAGCUGACGGGAUCCGCGGCCCGGCGGGGACCAUGAUCAUGUUGCCGUUCCAGUUUGGUGGAGACUCCCUCAAGGGUCCCACCGUCUCUUUCCAAGAAGCCCAAGCCCAAGCGAUCCUGCAGCAGGCGAAGCUUGCCAUGAAGGGUCCCCCAGGUCCCAUGGGGCUGACCGGCCGCCCGGGACCGCUGGGUCUACCUGGACACCCGGGCCUGAAAGGAGACGCGGGGGACAUGGGGCCACGGGGUCCCCGGGGAAUGCAGGGACCAUCGGGGCCACCGGGGAAACUGGGCAGACGGGGUCGCGCUGGAGCGGAUGGUGCCAGGGGUAUCCCGGGGGAAACCGGACCCAAGGGUGACAGGGGCUUCGACGGGCUGCCGGGGCUGCCGGGCGAGAAGGGCCACAGGGGUGACGUGGGGAAGCCAGGACCAGCGGGCCCCCCUGGGGAGAAAGGCGCCCGGGGCUCGGAUGGCCUCCCGGGACCUCGGGGGCAGCCUGGGGAACCCGGUAUGCGAGGCCUGAUCGGCUCACGCGGCUCCCCUGGGCCCCCCGGACCACCGGGUGUCGGCGGCAUCGACGGAGCGCCAGGGCCCAAAGGCAACGUGGGAAUCCACGGGGAGCCGGGACCCCCGGGACAGCAAGGGAACCCCGGUCCGCAGGGUCUGCCCGGCCCCCAGGGCCCCGUCGGGCUGCCAGGGGAGAAGGGCCUGCUGGGGAAGCCGGGAAUACACGGUGUGGCUGGGGCCGAUGGGCCCCCGGGUCACCCCGGCCGAGAAGGGCCAGCCGGAGAGAAGGGCCUCCAGGGCCCUGUGGGUGCCCCUGGUCCCGUUGGCUAUCCGGGACCCCGUGGGGUGAAGGGAGCUUUUGGCGUGCGGGGCCUGAAGGGCAGCAAAGGGGAGAAGGGAGAAGAUGGAUUCCCCGGCUUUAAGGGGGACAUGGGCCCCAAGGGUGACAGGGGUGACCAGGGCCUGCUGGGCCCCCGAGGCGAAGACGGCCCCGAGGGGCUGAAGGGGCAGACGGGUCCCAUGGGGGAACCGGGUGCUCCUGGCCCUGCAGGCGAGAAGGGCAAGCUGGGAGUGCCAGGUCUCCCGGGCUAUCCUGGGCGCCAGGGCCCCAAGGGCUCCGCUGGCUUCCAGGGUCCCGUGGGGCUGGCAGGAGAGAAAGGCAAGAGGGGCAAGGCUGGCCAGGCUGGGCAGACGGGACAGCGAGGGCCCCCGGGCCUUCCAGGGGAGCGAGGUCUGCCCGGUCCCACGGGGAAACCCGGUCCGAAGGGAGACCCUGGCCAUGACGGGGCCCCUGGCGUGGUGGGAGAGAAGGGUCCCCAAGGUCCGCAGGGAUCCAAUGGCUUCCCGGGCACGAAAGGUCCCCCCGGUCCCGCCGGGAAGGACGGCUUGCCAGGACACCCGGGACAGCGUGGCGAGCCGGGGUUUCAUGGCAAAACCGGCCCUCCUGGCCCCACAGGGGUGGUGGGACCCCAGGGUAAAUCAGGCGAGACGGGACCUGUGGGCGAGAGGGGGCACCCAGGCCCCCCUGGCCCCCCGGGGGAACAGGGCCUGCCCGGAGCUGCUGGCCGAGAAGGAGCCAAGGGUGACCCUGGCCCCACUGGCAUCCCCGGUAAGAGCGGCCCCCCAGGCAUUCACGGCUUUCCUGGCACACGGGGGGCACCCGGAGAGACGGGUCCACCUGGCUUGAAGGGUGGGGAAGGUCCCCCUGGUCCCCCUGGACCCACGGGAUCCCCCGGAGAGCGAGGCCCCACGGGGGCUGCUGGAGGCAUUGGACUGCCGGGCCGGGGGGGUGCACAGGGCCCCCCCGGUCCCAUCGGCGAGAAGGGCUCCCCGGGCGAGCGGGGUCCCAUGGGUCCGGCCGGGCAUGACGGGAUCCAGGGUCCCGUGGGGCUACCGGGUCCGGGCGGACCCACCGGCCCCGCCGGAGAAGACGGGGACAAGGGCGAGAUGGGGCUUCCCGGACAGAAGGGCAGCAAAGGCGACAAGGGCGAGGUGGGUCCCCCGGGACCGACAGGAAUCCAGGGACCCAUCGGGCACCCCGGCCCCGCGGGAGCGGACGGAGAGCCGGGGCGCCGCGGGCAGCAGGGGAUGUUUGGACAGAAAGGAGAUGAGGGAUCGCGGGGUCACCUUGGCCUAAGCGGCCCCCCUGGCCUGCAGGGCAUGCCGGGCCCACCGGGCGAGAAGGGCGAGAACGGAGACGUUGGCCCCAUGGGCCCCCCCGGUGCGCCGGGACCCCGUGGGCCACAGGGACCCAGCGGUGCUGAGGGCCCCCAGGGAAUGCCGGGCGGUGUGGGACAGCCGGGUGCCGUGGGAGAAAAGGGCGAGCCGGGCGAAGCGGGAAAUCCCGGAGCCCCGGGGGAGCCCGGACCACCCGGUGUGAAAGGAGAUGUGGGGGAGAAGGGAGACGCGGGGCAGUCAGGAGCAGCUGGACCCGCUGGCAAGAAGGGCCCACCGGGAGAGGAUGGAGCCAAAGGCAACCUGGGUCCCAUCGGCUUCCCUGGUGAUCCCGGCCCCCCCGGAGACCCCGGCGUGCCGGGUCUGGACGGAGCUGCUGGAGAGAAGGGUGACAGCGGGGACCCCGGUUUGCCGGGUCCGCCAGGCGCAUCAGGGGAGCCGGGUCCCCCGGGUCCCCCUGGACGGAGGGGGCCCGUGGGACCGAUGGGGCGUGAGGGCCGUCAGGGCGAGAAAGGUGCCAAGGGGGACAGCCUGGCGCCUGGCCCUGAGGGGCCAUCCGGGAAGACGGGCCCCGUGGGGGCACAGGGGCCACCCGGACGGCCGGGCUCCGAAGGACUGCGUGGGAUCCCCGGUCCUGCCGGUGAACAAGGUCUGCUGGGGGCUCCAGGACAAGCGGGACCACCCGGUCCCCUGGGUCCCGUGGGAUUGCCUGGCCUCAAGGGAGACCCCGGCCACAAGGGAGAUAAGGGCCACGCUGGACUGAUUGGGCUCAUUGGACCGCCAGGAGAGAUGGGGGAGAAAGGAGACCAGGGGCUCCCGGGCAUCCAGGGCCCCCCGGGACCCAAAGGAGACCCUGGUCUGGCUGGACCCACUGGCCCCACAGGGCCCCCCGGCCCCCCCGGGCUCUCGGGACCCUUGGGGCAGAAGGGCUCCAAAGGCUCACCGGGUGCUCUGGGUCCCCGAGGUGAUACAGGGCCCCCCGGUCCUCCGGGACCACCGGGUCCCAGGGCCGCCCAGCUGAGCUGCUUGCCCUCGAGCCGGAGCAGGAGGCACCGGCGGGCAACCGAAGGGGCUCCGGGAGAGCAAGGAGCCCCCCGGGAUUAUGAGGGGCUGGAGGAGGUGUACGCGUCACUCAGCUCCCUGCGCAUCGAGGUGGAGCAGCUGAGACGGCCCCUGGGCACCCCCGAGAGCCCCGCGCGGGUCUGCAGGGAGCUGCAGCUUUGCCACCCGCACCUCCAGGACGGCGAGUACUGGAUUGACCCCAACCAGGGCUGCUCCCGAGACGCCUUCCGGGUUUUCUGUAACUCCACAGCCGGCGGCGAGACCUGUCUCUUCCCCGAUAAGAAAUUUGAGGCUGUCCGACUGGCCGCCUGGAACAGGGAGAAGCCGGGGACGUGGUACAGCACCUUCAAAAGGGGCAAGAAGUUCUCCUACGUGGACGCGGACGGGAACGCCGUGCCCGUGACCCAGCUCACCUUCCUGCGUCUCCUGAGCGCCAGCGCCCGCCAGAACUUCACGCUGAACUGCCAGCACGCGGCCGCCUGGUACGAUGCCCACGCCGGCACCUUUGCCCGUGCCCUGCGCUUCCGCGGGGCCAACGAGGAGGAGCUGGGGCACGACCACCCGGCCUCCCCCGUCCGUGCCCUCCACGAUGGCUGCCAGGGACGCCAUGGCCAGGAGCGGACGGUGCUGGAGGUCACCUCGUCCCACGUCGAGCGGCUGCCCCUGACGGACGUGGCCGUCGUUGACUUCGGAGAUGCCAACCAGAAAUUCGGCUUCGAGCUGGGCCCCGUUUGCUUCAUGGGCUGAGCGCGGCCCCGGACAGCGCGCGGGGAGGGAUGGCUUGGGGGGGUUCUCCGCUCCCUCUGCCACCCCCCCGUGCCAGGGACAGUGACCCAGGGCCUGCUCUGGCAUACUCA